CAGACCCACGCUGUGUUUACCUACCUGUAACCUGCAAUCGACGGCGUCUGGUGAUUAACCAAAUUUUGAAGAGUUCAACCUCGGUGUGGUAGUUGUGCGAAUUUCAGUCAUACUGCUCAGUGCUGUGUUCGUUACUGUUCACACGAUUCUUGGUUUUAAUUUUCUGGUUUGACAGCAAAAAAAAAGCGUAACGAUGUCUGACGGAGAGACAGAAGUACUACGAAGACGUGGGCGUCAGGGACUUCGUCGCAUCAUGUCGACAAACGUUGUUGACGAGAUGGUCAGAGACGAAGAAAAAGAACGCGCUCUACAGCCAGAUAAACCAUGCCACAAACACAUGGAUUCACUGCUCAGUUCUAACAGUGGAUGGACAAAUUUCAGAGGAGUUAUGAACUUGUGUGUCAUUCUUUUGGGAUUGGCAAAUAUUCGGCUUGUAUUGGAAAAUCUUCUCAAAUAUGGUAUUCUUAUUGACCCGUUCCAAGUGAUCAGUCUCUCUCUGGACCUCCACGGAGCGCCUUACAGUUUUCCAAAUGUUGCAGUCAUACUCGCACUCAAUGUGUUUAUUUUUGCAACAUUCUCUUUUGAAACUCUUUUGUCCAAGAAAAGUAUAUCUGAAUCUGUAGGAAAAGUUCUGAAUGGUAUCAAUAUAGCACUAAUAUUGUUAUUCGCACCGGCUAUUAUUUUAACUUACAGACCAAAUCCAGUUGGUGCCUUUUUUGCCUUAUCCAUAUACACAGUAACAUUUUUAAAGUUGAUUUCCUACGUAUUGGUGAAUAGAUGGUGCCGACAGAUGCUGGAAAAAGAGAAACACAGCCGUAAAAGACACAGAAGAUCAAGAAUCAAAUCUGAAAGUCAUUAUACAAUUCCUAAUGGUAAACUGUCAACACACUUGGUACAGUAUCCAGAUAAUUUGAAUCUCAAAGAUCUUUACUAUUUUCUGUUGGCUCCCACACUCUGUUAUGAACUGAAUUUUCCCAGAUCAGAAAGAAUAAGAAAAAGAUUUCUAAUCCGUAGAAUUGUAGAAAUGGUUUUUCUAAUACAAAUUGUACUUGGCUUGAUUCAACAGUGGAUAGUGCCCACAGUACAAAACUCUAUGAAGCCGUUCAGUGAAAUGGAUUUAUCAAGAAUUUUAGAAAGAACAAUGAAAUUAGCAAUCCCAAAUCAUUUUAUUUGGUUGAUAUGGUUUUACUGGUUUUUCCACUCCUGUUUAAAUGUCCUGGCGGAAGUGUUGAGGUUUGGGGACAGAGAAUUUUAUAGAGAUUGGUGGAAUUCGGAAACACUUGGGUAUUUUUGGCAGAAUUGGAAUAUACCAGUACACAAAUGGGGAAGUCGACAUUUGUACAAACCAAUGUUGACGAGAGGUUACACGAGAAUGCAAGGUCAAGUUGCUGUAUUUAUGUUGUCAGCAUUCUUCCAUGAGUAUCUCGUGAGUAUACCGCUGCAGAUGUUCCGCUUGUGGGCUUUCAUGGGUAUGAUGACACAGGUACCAUUGGCUCUUGUUGUGAACAGAGUUCAUAAGAUUUCGCCUGUCUACAGUAACAUGAUGGUGUGGAUGUCAGUAAUUGCUGGUCAACCCGUGGCUAUAAUGAUGUACGUCCAUGAUUAUGUUGUACAGAAUGCCUUGCAACAAAGUAACUCCACAGUGGUCUGAUUUGUCUUCUUUAUGCAAUGAACAAAACACUAAGAUUUCAUACGAAUGGGAUUUCUGAAUGGAGUGCAUCAAAAAGAAGAAUGAAGACGAUGAUCCAAUUAUGGCUCCAUUGAAAUGCUGAUUAUUUCUGAAUUUUUGCUUCCUUCUAAUCCUGUUUCCAAUAUACUUUGUUGAAAAAAAUUCAAUCAUGUGCUACUAGGCGUACAGCGCCCUCUACAGACGAAUAAUUUGUGUCUAUAGAGGGCGCUGUCAGUAAACAAUCUUUCUACUGUGUUUAAAAAAUAGAAAUUGUUAUUGGACUGAAUUUUGUAGCAUAAUAAGUAUUUUUUGUGGGGGAAAAUGUCUACUUUAUGUUUACUGGGUUAUAAUAGUUUUAUAGAAGUUAGAGUUUAUAACUUUUAUUAAAGAAUAUAUAUAAUGGAAAAUUGGUAUUACAACUGUAAUAGUUUAUCACAACAUUUAUGUAAAUUAUGAUAAAGUAUUUUUUGAACAUGAUGUCAUCAUUUGUAUUUGGAACAAAGUUGUAAAACCAAAUAAAUGUGUGGUCAGAUAACAAAAAAAAAAAAUGUGCAAUGACUAGGUAUUUCUAUGAAAUGAUUGGCAAGCAUAUGAAAAUAUCUGCUUAGAACUCUUCCAAGGAGAAUUAUAACACAAUCUAAAUCCUACUUUAAGUCAGUAAACUUACCUUUGUGUUUAGUGCCGAGCUCCUUUGUUAAGUACAACAACAAAUAUUCUGUUGGUGUCAUGUGUAUGCUUCAUCAAAAUAGGGAGGAAUUCCAGAUAGGGAACAGCCAACAUGGCUUUAUGAGGAAAACAUGAAAACUCGAUUAUUUACAUUAUUAUUACAUGUAAUAUUAGUUUUUGAGGGAUGCCGAGUUCAAAAAAGUACACUAAAUAAACCAAAAAGCAUGCGUUAGACAUACCUGUGCAGAAAUAGAUUUGCCAGUACUUUAAUUCAUUGGCUGUUUAUUCUAUUAAUUUAACUUUUGAGCUAACUGAUAAGUCGUUCAAAAAAUCAUACAGUUUGAAAAAUUUUAGUUGUAAGCAGAAAUUUUCAUUUGUUUGUGUCUGAGAGUGCUAAGCAAUUUUUUUUUAUUUGAUACUUUGCUUCUACUAACACUUUGCCAAUGGUGUUUAUUUUAGGUUUUGGCUACUAUAAAUUUUGUUAUUUUUGUCUCCAAAUGCUCAGAUAUAUUAAAUACUAUGAACAUGAACCAAACAUUUUAUUGAUUGUAUGCUGAAUCAUUAUUGAAAUUUGAAUUAUUUAACCAUGAGGUCAUUUACAUAACCACUUGCUGAUAACAGAGCAAAAACAACACAAUUAGCAAAUAAAAACAUUAGUAUUAGUCACUGUGGCUAAAACUAUA